AUGGAACAUCCAUGGCGUCUUGCCCUUCUCCUACAGCUGAUCUGCAAAUUGCUCAAGAAUAUUCGGCAGGAAGGGACCAGCACUGGGGUCAUAGCAUACUCAGACAUCUUCAAACAGAAGAUCACUGUGUCCCUGCUAGAUAUACUUGUGAAGAACGGUGUUUCUAGUCCAGAUCAGGUGCCUGCCAUGGUGAGGUUCAUCCACCAGUGGCUCAUGGCCAAUGAGUCUGAUGAGCACAGGGUGGAGAGGAUCCUGCUGGAUCUCACCGAGGCACAGCCCACUGAUGUGGUGAUGACUCUCCUGCGUGUGGCCCCAUCGUGUGACAGAGCUGCUAUGACCAUGUGGACAACGAUCAUGUCCUCACUCAAGAUUGCAGUGGAGGUGCAGCAAAUACUCCUGGAUGUGCUGGGGAGCUGGCCAGAGCACAGCACGUGCACCUCCGAUGGGGACACAACGAGAGUCUUUGCCCUGGCUGCAACUGUGGUGAUGUGGAAGAUCCUCCAGGUGCCCUUUGUCCCAUAUAUAGUGAUAUCGUUUUUCCCCCGCCUAUUUGUGCACCUGCUCUUCCAAGUGUUCUUCAGCACUUUGGAUACACCAGAGGAGGUCGAUGAAUUCAAUGCCAGAGGAGGUGGAUAA